AUGGUCUCCGGAGGUGGAAACGUAGGCGCAAUGAUGCCGCUUGCGCAAUAUACAGGCACCCCGUCUGUUAGAGGCUCAUCCGAUCCUAUGCGUAUGGCUCUACUUACGCUUUCGCUGGUCGGUCUGCAAAUUACAUGGAAUGUCGAGAUGACCUACUGCACACCAUAUCUUUUGGAGCUUGGUUUGACCAAGUCAAGGAUUUCGCUUGUAUGGAUAGCCGGUCCUUUGUCGGGACUCAUCAUGCAGCCUGUUGUUGGUGUGAUCUCGGACCGCUCGAAGAACCGCUGGGGAAGAAGGAGACCGUUCAUGGUUGGUGGUACAAUACUUGUGUCGAUCUUCCUAUUGCUCCUGGGCUGGACCAAAGAAGUGAUACAAACCCUCGGAAUUAGGGAUAAGGAGGCUGUUCGAGACGGCACAAUAGUAUUGGCUGUCUUAAGCAUCUACGGGAUUGACUUCGCGAUCAACGCCGUCCAGGGAAGCUGCAGGGGCCUGAUUGUUGAUACACUGCCAAUUCCCAAGCAGCAAUCAGGGAGCUCUUGGGCGAGCAGAAUGGUGGCAGUGGGCUCACUCGUUGGGUACGCUGCAGGAGCCAUUGAUCUCGGGAAAGUGUUUGGAACUCUACUGGGUGACUCCCAAUUCAAGCAAUCAGUGGCCGCUCUAUGCCUGUGUAUCACUGUCGGAAUAACGAGCUGGGCGGUUACAGAAAGGGUACUCGUUAGUGACGGUCUAGAGGGCCAAGGGAGCCUUGGUGCGCUGGAUGUUCUGAAAACAAUUGCGAAAUCAGCCAUACAUCUCCCUAAAAACAUUCAAGCCAUCUGCACCGUGCAGUUCUGGGCAUGGAUUGGAUGGUUCCCGUUCCUAUUCUAUUCUACUACAUGGGUCGGAGAGAUCUACCUACGUUACGAUGCAUCCGCUGACGAGAAAUCGAAUUCAGAUGAUCUCACUGGCAAAGUGGGACGUAUCGGUUCCUUGGCUUUGAUCGCUUUUUCCAUCAUCACUUUCAUCAUGUCGGUGUUGCUACCAUUCUUCGUCAAGAGCCCCGAAGAAGAAACAAGGCGUGGAUUUAGGCCACGCUCGCGGCAAAAUAUAGCAUCAUUUGCUGUGGAUAUUGAGAAAUACAAACCGAGCUUGUUGAACACGUGGAUGUUUAGUCACUGUAUUUUUGCAGCAUCUAUGGUCAUGGCACCUUUUGUACAAAGUCUAAGGGGUGCCACAAUCAUUGUUGCCCUCUGUGGAGUUUCGUGGGCAGUGUCUUGCUGGGCCCCCUUUACUUUUCUUGGAGAGGAAAUCAAUCGCUUGUCUCAAUCUGGUCCGAGUUACGGUCAUUUAACGCGGUCUUCGAUUGAGCUGGAGUCGCCCAUGCAAGUGCACAACAACGGCGCCGAGGAGGCUUCCGACUCGACGGGGGAAAACUCGGGGAAAUAUUUGGGAAUCCUGAACGUUUACACCACGCUGCCCCAAUUUGUCGGCACGGCGAUUUCGUGGGUAGUAUUUUCUUUGUUGGAGCCGGGCAAGAGUCCCGAACUAUCGAAAGGAAGCGAUCCGAGUGAACACCAUGGCACAGACGGACCGAAUGGAAUUGGCGUUUGCUUGUUCAUUGGAGCAGUCUGCGCCGGAGUCGCGGCGGUGGCAACGAGAAGGUUAAAACAUCUGCAGAACGAUUAA